AUGGCCCCCGGCAAUGGACGCGACUUUAAUUGCUCUUGGCCUGGCUGCAAUAAGUCCUUCAACCGCAAAUCCGAUCUCUGCAGGCACUACCGCAUCCACACCAACGAGCGACCUUACCACUGCAAUCAUGAGGACUGCAAGAAGAGUUUCAUCCAGCGGAGUGCCCUGACAGUACAUGUGCGGACGCAUACUGGCGAGAAGCCCCAUUCGUGCGACCACGAAGGAUGCGGCAAAGCUUUCUCGGAUUCAUCGAGUCUGGCCCGUCAUCGAAGGAUCCACACCGGAAAGCGCCCCUAUAUCUGCCAAGAGCCUACCUGUGAACGAAGCUUCUGCCGCAAGACUACAUUGACUAAACACCAUGAGAAAACACAUGGAGCGGCCGCGAGCCGCACGUCGUCAGAGGAUCCUGCUUCUGACCAGGAGUAUCAGCCGCCGGCUGCCAUCUCUGCGCCGCAUCAACCACAGUACAUUCUUCCACAGGCACACUUCGGCUACACCACCACGCUACCGCCGCACCACAAUUACUACCCGCACCAGUAUGUGCAGAUCACGUCCGUGCCCUUCCAUGAGCAGUCCCCGGUGGUUGCGCCCAGCGUGCCGGUCACGUUGUCGGCUGACAUUCCUCAUGUACAGCAGCCAUACAUGCACUACGUCCAGCACCACCCACACGCGCAACAGCAGCAGCAGCAGCAACAGCAGCAACAGCAGCGUUACGAUUACCCACGACAUGGAUACAUCCUGAGCCAGCCUGAAGGCACUGACUGGGGGUUCCUCAGCGUUGGCUGA